AGAGCCGAGCGCUGGAGCGACUGGAUACUCCCCGCGCGCUGGAGAAGCCCGUGUAGUGCGCGAUCGCGUCCGUGCGCCGUCGCCGCGCGAGUGCAUGCGUGUGUGUGUGUGCGUCCCGGUGUAGUGAUGCCCCCCAGCGGGCCGCGGCCCUCGCCCGCCGCCGCUCGCGCCGCUCCUCGCGCGCCGCUCCCAGAAUAGCGCAGCAUGCUGGCGGGAUGCGGGCCGUGCGGGCCCACCAGCCUGGGGUCCCUGCCGGGCCUGGGCCCGUGCCCCCCGGGCCCCCCGGGCCCCCCGGGCCUGCCCGUCAGCCUACAGGGCCUCCCCGGCGCGCUGCCUGGCGGGCUGCUGCUGCCCCAGUUGUCGGCCGGCGAGCCGGGCAUCGGCACGUCGCCGUCGUCGCACAGCAUGCUGACCCCCGCGCACCACCACCACCACCACCACCACCACUUCGGCGUGCAGCCCAGCGGGCCGAGCCCCGUGUCGCCGGGGCUGGGAUCGGGCCUGGGGCUGGGCCUGGGGCUGGGAUCGAGCCAGAGCUGUGGCCCCAGCGCGCCCGGCCAGUCGUCCAGCAUGUCGCCGCUGCUGCCGUCCUUCGGCUUCACGCAGGAGCAAGUGGCGUGCGUGUGCGAAGUGCUGCAGCAGUCCGGAAACAUUGAGCGCCUGGGCAGGUUCCUGUGGUCGCUGCCCGCCUGCGACAAGCUACACAAGAACGAGAGUGUCCUCAAAGCCAAGGCCAUCGUCGCUUUCCACCGUGGCAACUUCAAGGACCUGUACAGGCUGCUGGAGAGCCACCAGUUCUCGCCGCACAACCACCCCAAGCUGCAGGCGCUCUGGCUCAAGGCGCACUACGUCGAGGCGGAGAAGCUCCGGGGCCGGCCCCUCGGCGCCGUGGGCAAGUACCGCGUGCGCCGCAAGUUCCCCCUGCCGAGGACCAUCUGGGACGGCGAGGAGACCAGCUACUGCUUUAAGGAGAAGUCGCGGUCCGUGCUGCGGGACUGGUACCAGCACAACCCCUACCCCUCGCCGCGCGAGAAGCGCGAGCUGGCCGAGGCCACGGGGCUGACCACCACGCAGGUGUCCAACUGGUUCAAGAACAGGCGGCAGCGGGACCGGGCCGCCGAGCACAAGGACGGGCCGGGCCGGAGUCCCUCGGGGGGUGACGGCGACAAGGGCACCGCCCAGGGGAUGGACUCGUCCUCGGAGUCGGUGGACGAGGCGCCCGACCACAAGGAGCACAGCGCGCACCCUGCCGGUCACCACGUGCCCCACUCCACGCAAGCCCUGCUCGCGCAGGAGUCGCUGUCGAACCACCACCACCCCGACCUGUUCGGGGAGCUCAAGCCGAGCGUGGCGUCCCUCCAGGCCGGCGUCAUGCCGUCUGGGACGACGCCGUACCCAGGGCAGCUCAGGCCGCACGGGCCGCACUCGCAGGCCCCGGGGCCGCCCGGGCUGAUGGCGCUAGACUCCCACCCUCACCCUCACCACCCCCACGGCCUCCAGCAGCACCACCAGCACGACGGCUCGCUGCUACACGACUACCACACCUUGUGACAGUGGGCCGCUGGCUAUGGCUACAGCCACGGCCAGUGAGACAGUUGUUGUUAUAAUUGUGUGUUUCUCUCCGCAUUUUGUUGCGCCUAGGAUGAAUUUGUUGCAAACAUUUCCAUUAUCACUGCAAUUCUCUCUCUCUUCAUUACUGCGGAUCCGUAUUUAUGGUUGUUUAUAAUCUAGUACAGUGCAGCAUUUCCUAUAAGUGGCGUGUGAUCUCGUGUGAGGAAUGAGUGACUAAUUUCUCGAUGUUACUGAUAGUGCUUAAGUAUGAUAGAUUACAGUAAACACCUGAAAUUGAUUCACACCUUUUGUAGAUGUGUUGUUUGACUCGAAUUUCGGAAUAUUUAAAUGUCUGUCACCACUGUCAUGGCUCUUGUAGCAACUGUCACAUUCCUCUCAACUGGAAACACCUAUCGUGUCACUCAUUUCUCACUGAAAUUUCCCGUCCUUACUGUUGUUUAGCAAAGCUUUAUAUUCCAUAUUUUCUAUUUCGUUUUUUCUUUGUGAAUCUAUAUAGAUGUUUAUUUGAAGUGCAGCAUGGUGCGUGUUGCUGUGAUGCCACACUCGGAUGGACUCUGCAAUUUAUUAUAUUAUUUCUGUCCUCGCUCUCGUCCUCUGCAGGUCGGAGGCGGACUUAGUCCGUGCCUCUCGUGGACGCUUUGGUGCCGAGCGCGCCUUGUCCUCCCGGAAACAUAUCUGCCCUGCUGUGGGAAAUCUAAUCGCUGAAAAAUAACUAAUCGUGCCCACUUUGAAACCACACUACCACCUCUUGGUCUCCAGAGCUCAUACGUUUUGCUGGGCUGGUCUCGUGACUCUUCUUUGAAGCGAGAGGAUGGAGGACGGAUGGUGUCGAGGGUGUUCGUUAUGCCCGCACGAUGGAUCUCAAGUUUCAAAUUGCGCGCCCCGAACAAUUUCUGGAAAUGAUUGAUCGGUAUCAUCAAAGCCUCGUUGCUCCGCGCGAUUAACGCUCAGGUGGCGGGAGGUCAUUCGCAGUUUGGCCACCUCGCACUGAGAGCAAUAAUAACUCUAAAAGACUGAUGACAGAGCCCUUAUGACACUCAGGCCGUCAUGUUUCCGGGAGGCGUGCUUUGUGCGUCCAGUGCAUUUUUUUUGCACUCGCACAACGCUGGCAAAUUAGAUGUGGCGGAGUUCCAUUGUUUCGAAGCCAUGCACACACUGUUUAGCAUUGCGCGGUUUCAGUUUGUGUUCAAUGCCAAACGUCAUGCCAAAUGGAUGUGUUCAACUCAAGCGACAAUUAGACUGCAGGCACCGAUAACUCGACAGAGGUUACGAGGCUGUAGGACCAUGUGAUGUUACUUUAUAUAUAAGAAAAUGGACUAUUGUUGUAAAUAUUAAAUGAUAUUUCAUAUUAUUGGUCGGUACUCUUACGCAAGUGUGAUAUCUACCGGGCUGAAAAUGCCCGGGCAGAGACUAUUUAAAACCAAAUUAUUUAAUCUGUCAAACGAGUAAGUUAAAAAUGUUUUUUUGUUUUUAUUUCGUUUUAAUGUAUACUGUGACGUGAUCUAGGUAUGGGUUUUUAUUUUCAUCAAAUAGGGGAAAAGCAGCACAUAAUUUUGCGUUUUCCUAGCUGGUUUUAUGAUGUAUGAACAACAUGAACCGUAUCUACUGGAGAACGAUAGACAAUGUGUACUGUGUAUACAUCAUCCACUUCUUAAUCAAAAUAAGAAAUUGUUACUUUUAUGUUUUAGAAAGAGCGAUACAUUCGUUUCGCGCGUUGUUGUAGUUUUGUUAUGUAUUUUGCACAAGUUAGUGUUAAAAAAUGAGGUUGUGUUAACUGUAAUAGGCUCCAGAUGAUGUGAGAAGCCCAAAGACUCGAUACUGCACGGUCACAGUAUGUACAGAUGUAACAACUAGUCAGCAGAUAUUAGAUCACUUAUUAAAUACUACUUUUAAACAUGA